AUGUCAUCUCUUCUCAACGCACGCGACUUCGUCGCUCCGCCAUUCUUCCAGGAAUGGUCCGCCUUUGUCGAGGCUGAAACUCGCCCUGACUACUGGGAAUGGUUCGUGGCCGAUAACACCUACAGCACCCACAUAUCACACAUCCCCUGCGACUUAUGCGUCGAAAAGCACGUCACCUGCAAAUUGUAUCCUUUCCUCAAAGUCGUUCUGGAGUUCUGGAGUUCUGGAGUUCUGGAUCGAAGUUCUGGUUCUGGAAUCAAGUUCAAGAGGCCUGUCGCUAUCGCAGACAGAGAGGAUCGAGCUGAGAGCGAUAGAAGUUCUGAGGGAAAGGUUCUCGAUAACAGGCUGAGGAAUAUCUACUACAGAGAGACAGUAUUUAUAGUAGAACUGGCGAGCUACCAAGAGGUUCAGAAGAGAGUGAAAGAAGGUGUGAAAGCGGCAAGUAAGGAGUGUCGAUGA